AUGCCAACGAAACUCUAUAUUGGUAAUAUAGCUCCUUCAGUCAGUUCAACUGAGCUGAAGGAAUUAUUUGAAAAAUACGGCAAAGUACUUGAAUGUGAUAUUAUUAAAGAUUAUGCGUUUGUUCAUAUGGAAGAUGCAAGUAAAGCAAAAGCAUCUAUAGCUGCUUUGAAUGAAUUUAAUUUAAAAGGAAGUCGUAUUAGAGUUGAAAUAUCAACAGCACAAUUUAAAAAUUCAGGUCGUUCAUCUCGUCGUGAAGAAUCACCACGUCAUCAAUCAAGUUCUAUGGCAAUGCGAUCAUCUCGGAAUCGAGCUUAUCCAAUGAUGUCAUCAGGCCGAAGUGGCGGUCCCGAUCGAUCAUAUCCUCGUAUGCGUAAUAGCUACAUGGACACAAGAUCUCGUCCGUAUGAUUCGCCUUAUGAACGUCAACGAAUGCCACCACCACCGCCACCAAUGAAUUAUGCCGAUCCGUACAAUAUGCGUGGUGGCCCAGUAGAUCCAUAUGGUCGUGAUGACUUUUAUCAUCAACGAGCACCACCAAUGCCAAUUACUGAUCAAUAUGGACGAGGACCACCAAUGCGGUCGACUUACGAUGCUUACUCGGCAUAUCCACCAGGACUUAGUGCAAUGGGACCACCGAGAAGUCGUUAUGCUGCUUCACCAUCAUCGUCACGUAAUGGACCAGGACGUUAUGCAUCACCAUCUCGAUCUUCAUCUUCUCAUCGUCCAUCUCGACGAUCACCAUUGCCAUCAUCAUCGUCCAGUUCGUCACGGUCACGUCGAUAA